GCGGGGGCGGUGCCGCCUGCUCGGUGGCUGCGUCCCGUCCAGCCGGUGACAUCCUGGGGCUUGUCAGGAUGGAGGCCAUGGAUGUUCUUGUCCCUGCGCUGGCCACGGAACCGCAGUUUGCCCAGCGCCUCAGGGAGCAUUUGGAAAAGGAGCAGCUCCUGGAUAGGCGCUACCGACUGCAGCAGGUGCCAGGGGGCCGAGUGGCACUGCCCGUGCUGGAAGAGAAGCUCGACCAGCUGUGGCUGCCCCGGGAGGUGCCCUGUGGGCUGGUCCAGCUCCAGGACCCUGUCUCCUCCAAGGCAGCCCGCCGGUGGACGCCUGCACAGAAGCUGCGGGAUGAGCUGCGGCAGCUGCUGGGUGAAAGCUGGUCGGAGGAGCUGGAGCGGGAUGUGCCCCGUGCCUGGCAGCGGCAUGGGGAUCUGAUCCUGCUGAGCGAGGACAGCUUCAGGGCUGCACCAUGGGAAAAGCUGGGUAAGGAGGAGCAGGGUCUGCCUGCCCAGAUCCAGCCGGCAGAGCUGCCCUGGCCUUUCACAAAGCCCCCAGGAUGGUUGUGUUGCAGGUCCAGUGCUCUGGGAAACGGUUGCCUCAGCUCUGGGUGCCCAGCGGCUGGCCAGGCGAGGACGGGUGUUGCCCGAUGGGAUGCGGUCCCCCAGUGUCACCCUGUUGCUGGGUCAGGACGGCUGGGUGGAGCACGUGGACAAUGGGAUCAGGUAGGUAGGAGCCACAGUGCAGGAUGCGGUCAGCACAGGGAAGGGGCUACCCUUACCAGGCUGGCAAUAUCUCCCAGGUACACAUUUGACGUGACCAAGUGCAUGUUCUCACCGGGCAACAUCACGGAGAAGCUGCGAGUGGCCUCACUGCCCUGUUCCGGGGAGGUCCUGGUGGAUCUCUAUGCAGGCAUCGGCUAUUUCACACUGCCGUAUCUGGUUCAUGCAGCAGCCGCCUUCGCCCACGCCUGUGAGUGGAACAGCCAUGCUGUGGAGGCUCUGCAGAGGAACCUGGUGCUGAACGGUGUGCAGGACCGCUGCCGCAUCCACCACGGGGACAGCAGGCAGCUGGAGCUGCGGGAUGUAGCAGACCGGGUGAACCUGGGGCUGAUUCCCAGCUCAGAGGAAGGCUGGCCAGUGGCCUGCCAUGUCCUAAAGAAGGACACAGGUGGGAUCCUCCACAUCCAUCACAACGUGGAGACCCCAGUCCAACGAGCUGAGGGAGCCGGCUUUGAUGGAGAGGCGCAGAACCCAAUGGGGGACAGUGUGAAGGAGGCAGUGGAAGCCAGGAUCAGACCUGAGUGGCACAGGUGGGCUGAAGCCACGUCGGCACGGAUCCGGGGGCUGUUGGCAGAGCUGCAUGGGCAGCAGUGGCACACCAACAUCCUGCACAUCGAGCCAGUGAAGUCCUAUGCGCCCCAUGUGCAUCACAUCGUUCUGGACCUCGAGUGCCGUCCAACACUGCCUGCCUAGGUGACCACGAAACAAUGGUAUUGGAACACUGGUGGCCAGGAGAUGCCACCAUUGCCUGCUGCCAGCCUGGAUGCACAUUAUGUCCGUUCGUUCCCAGGUGGCAGCACUGCCCGGCAACAGCUCGAGAUCCUUCCAGGAGCACAUCCCGGCAAAAGAUGGGCAAGCUGGGGCUGAAAGUGCCUUGAGUCUUGCCCCAGCUCUGUCUGUUGCCGCCCAGAUCUUGGACACGUGGUAGGACUUUCAGCCCCAUUAUCACAUGGGAGAGAGCUUCAGGGCUGAAUAAAUCUCAGAUUCCUCAGAUUCUUUCAGUGAGUCAGGGACAGGCUUUGUGCAUAUAUUUACUAGUGUGCUUUUGUAUUGUACUGGAAACAGGUCCAUUCAUCUUGUAUUUUUC